GCCAAAACAAACCAAAUAGAACUUCCACUUCGUUCUAUCAACAACACAAUUCCCAGAACCAAAAAGUUUCAAUCUCUGCAAAAUGCCUCCCCCAUUGCCAGGAAAUUCCCACAAACGCCAUGAAUCCCAAACCCUAUCUCGCACAUCCAUCAUGCCAACCUCUGGUGUGUCAGCAAACACAAACGCGGCGGCAUCUGCCAUGUCCAUAACCAAAUCACGACAAUACGCCCAUCUUCACUCCCAGCUCGCACAAUUGAAUGCCCACUUAGCAGAUACCGAGAACUUGGUGCGCAUGACGGCCGUGCAGGCUGGCGAUAUGCGGUUUCUGGGUGGGUAUAUCGGGGGCAUGUUUAUGGGGGCGGCGAAGGUGUUGGGAGAGGAGGGUGUGAAGGCGUCUAAUAAUGCUAGUAAUGAGGGGAAUGAAAAUGGGAAUGAGACAGCUAUUAAGGACGAGUGAGGGAGUUUUAUACUUGAGCGACUCGAUGGAAGAAGAUUUCAAUAUUCUUGUCUUACGAACGGAACUGUCUAUUGCUAUUUACUAUGACGAUGCGCCGCCUUUACAAUUCAACCCUCCACCACAAAGCCACCACCAAGGAUGAUAGCAGGCUCAUGGAUGUUGUGAUGUUCAUAACUAUUACGUACGCCUGUUAGCUGACAAACAUG